AUGAGAGCAGAAAACCACCGUCGGACCCCUCUCCUCACUGCUCUCUUCCGUCUGUUCUCGUCCUCCUCCCACCAGAGCUCCGGAGCCACAGUCGGGAGUGACUCACGCGCCGCCACCACCCCGCCGCGACCGCCGCUGCAGGCAAGCCUCGUUCGUGCCCCCGAUUCACUGCCGCUGCCCUUUAUGUUUGCCGCUUCGCCUCGCCUCGCGCCGCCCGUUCACCGAACUCACUCACCCACGCGGCGCCCUCACCGACAAACAACGGCGUCACACGUAGAGCAAAAGAAGAAGAACAAAGGAAGACGAGAGGCAACUCAACAGAGAACGCACAGCUUCCCCUCCAUUCCUUUCUCUUCCUAG